CAUGUUACGCAGUAUGAUACUCUUGACCGCGACUGUUGAUUUCCUUCUGUCCUGGUGAAAUCCCGAAUUUCAAAUUAAUUUUAGAAAUCUUUAUCUUUUGAUUUUUUUGACCUUAUUCUCUGUGUAGUUACUGUCUAUCGUGCUACUUAAUUGUUGAUAUAUUCAGUUUGAGUGCACUUGAAACAUUUCCAGUCUUUCGUAAUUUUCUAUAUGCCCUUUUUUGACCCUUGGUAAAAUUAACGCUAUUAUACAAUGUUGUCUAAAAAGCGCUUAAUUGUUUCACGAAUAGUGAAUAAAGGAAGAUGUUUUCGAUGUUUCGCUACAAAAUCAGACGUUGGUGAAAUAGAAAUUCCAUUUUCAAAUGGAACCACAAUUAAGUUUGAAACGGGCAAAUAUGCAAGAUUUGCAGAUGCAGCGUGCGUUGCUAAUCUUGGAAACACAGCAAUCCUAUCAACAGUCGUCUCUAAGGCUAAACAGAGCACAGCGUCGUUCCUACCUCUUGUGGUAGAUUAUAGACAAAAGGCUGCGGCUGCUGGACGAAUACCUACCAAUUUUUUGAGGAGAGAAUUGGGCCCAACAGAACGUGAGAUCCUAACAUCACGUUUAAUAGACCGCUCCCUCCGGCCUCUAUUUCCCAGCAACUACUUCUAUGACACUCAGAUAGUAUGCAACAUGCUUGCGGUAGACGCAACCAAUCCGCCGGAGACAGUUGCAAUUAAUGCAGCUAGUGCUGCUUUGGCUUUAUCUGAUGUGCCGUGGAAUGGGCCUGUUGGGGCUGUGAGGGUAGGCCAAAUAGACAAUGAAGUGAUAAUAAACCCAACUCGCAAGGACUUACAAAACUCAGUGCUCAACCUGGUGGUGGCUGCUACCAACCGCAACUUAGUUGUGAUGAUGGAGGGCAGCGCCCAGGAUAUACUCCAGCAAGACCUGCUCAAAGCCAUCAAAUUAGGUACCAAAGAGGCCCAACACAUAGUGAAAGGCAUAGAGAAGUUACAGAAACUCCAUGGUAAGACCAAGCGGGUAUAUGAAACCCCUCCCGGGUUACCUCAGGAAAUCGUCGACUGUAUCAACACACUGUCUUCUAUGAAGAUUAGAGAAAUAUUGAGUGACUACUCCCACGACAAGAUGUCCAGAGACAACGCGAUAUCGGACCUCCGUCAAACAGUGCUUAACCAGAUGCGCGAAACAGAGGCCGAUGUAGCACAACUACAGGACUGCUUCAACGCUAACCUGAAGAGUAUAUUCAGAGAUAUGAUAUUUGAGAAGGAAAUACGCUGUGAUGGGAGGCAUUUAGAUGAGUUGAGGCAGAUUGGUUGUCAGGUUUCCUUAUAUGAGCCUCUGCACGGCAGCGCAGUAUUCCAGCGCGGUCAGACGCAGGUGCUGUGCACUGUCGCCUUCGACUCGGCCGACAGUGCGCUCAAGAUGGACACGCUCACCAUGCUUACUAGCGGCAUAAAAGAAAAGAGUUUCUUCCUCCACUACGAGUUCCCCUCCUACGCGACCGGCGAGGUGGGGCGGAGCGGGCCGGCGGGGCGGCGCGAGGCGGGGCACGGAGCCCUGGCCGAGCGGGGGCUGCUGCCUGUGGUGCCGCAGCUGCCGUAUACCGUCAGGCUCACUGCUGAGGUGCUGGAGUCUAACGGUUCAAGUUCAAUGGCAUCAGUAUGCGGCGGUUCCCUCGCCCUGAUGGACGCGGGAGUCCCCCUGACGGCGCCGGCGGCCGGCGUGGCGAUAGGCCUGGUGUCCCGCCCCGACCAGACAGGACAGAUAGCUGACUACAGGAUACUCACUGAUUUGUUAGGUAUAGAAGACUACAUGGGCGACAUGGAUUUCAAAAUAGCCGGUACCAAGAAAGGCAUCACCGCGCUACAAGCCGAUAUCAAAGUGUCCGGCCUGCCGCUCAAGAUAGUCAUGGAGUCCGUGCAGAAGGCAUGCGACGCUAAGAGCAAGAUUAUCGAUAUUAUGAAUAAGUGUAUCGAUAAACCGAGAGAAGGGCACAAAGAGAACAUGCCAGUUAUCGAAGAAAUGGAGGUGGAAGUGCACAAGAGACCCAAACUCCUCGGAAUGGGAGGCGCCAACCUCAAGAAGUUAUAUGUGGAAACUGGUGUACAGGUAACACCAAUAGACGACAUAAAAUACAGCGUGUUCGCGCCAUCUCAAGCGGCCAUGGACGAGGCUCGCAGCCGCAUCGCUUCCUGGCUCAACACUGAAAAAACACCAGAAUUGGAGUUCGGAGCGAUAUAUAAGGCUAGAGUCGUGGAAGUAAAGGAUAUUGGGGUCUUAGUGACCUUGUUCACCGGCAUGACGCCGGCUUUGGUGCAUAAUAUGCAACUGGAUCAUAGAAAGAUCCAGCACCCAUCAGUUCUAGGCCUGGACGUGGGCUCAGAGAUACAAGUCAAGUACUUCGGCCGGGACCCUGUCUCCGGUCAUGUGAGGCUCUCCAGAAAGGUCCUCACAUCACCACCGCCCGGCAUUGUGAAGAAACUUGACAAGAGUUAAUUGUGACUGUGAUAUUAUAGGGAAAAACAAAUUGUGGAUUAAAAUUGACAGUGCUGUGUUGUGUUGUGAAUGAUAAUGAGAAUAAAUUACGUGUCAGUGUAGUUUUAAUACAGUUCUUUAUAAUGUGUAUUCGCUUGAAAAUGUAUUGUGACUUGUGACUUUUGGUCAUACGCGGAGGCUAGGAUUCAUGCAAACUGUAUAAGAACUUUUAGGAAUCAAAGUGGCCGGAAAUCUGCUUAUAUUGUUUGGAGCAGCGCACGUUUUAGCAGGAGGCAAUACUUGAUACUUUUAGUAAGUAAUGUAAUGUUCUAUGUCCUAAAAUUUUGAUAGUUGCCAUCUAGUCUCGGUCAUUGAGUAACCCAUGACUUGCUUAUGGUUGCAUCUUUAUAGCUCAGGUUAACGACAUCAAAAACUGUUUUUUUUUUUAUUGAACAUGAAAAAUCUUAGUAAACAGUUGUUGAAAGUAAACUGACGUUUGUCAAGGCGUCUAAUUGUUAUCGUUAUUUUGUUUUCAUUGUUAUUUUGUUAGGAGUUGCGUUUCAAUUUCAAUAUGUUGGACAAUUUAAAUGUAUUCAAAGGGUAAAACUACUUCAAUUUUACCAAACUUAGACAUUUUAGUCAUGACAUUUAUACAAAUUCCAGUAUUAUAUAAUGUACUAUUUUGAAGAUUUCUGUUCCAUAUCAAUACGCAAUGCUUCCUGUAUUAUUUUUAUCAUUACGUGUAAUAUUAUGUUGACUGCCAAAAUCUGUACAUAAGUAGAAAAUAAAUAAUAUUCCAUUGGA